GUAGUGGUACCCUAGUUGGGUAACUACAGAUCUGUUCGGUUACCGGGUUGGCAUUGUAGAACCCAUCGUACGACGAUGUCUGACUGUGACUCGGAUGAGUACUGUUCCUCCGAUGAUGAGGAUUAUGUUCCCUCAGGUGGGGAAUGUAGCGAAGAUGAUGUGAAUGAGUUGGAGAAGGAAGAUGAUGAUAAUGAUGGGCAAGAGGAUGGAGAAGAGAAAUCCAAAAGCAAAACGAAAAAGACAAACAAGAAGUCUAUUACAGCAAGGAAGAGGAAGAAAGCAGUGUUAGUCCUAAACUCUGAGGAAGGCACCGAGAACAAUGAAGACAAAGCACAGAAUUCUGAGGAAGACAAUGACUUCAACAUGGAUGAGGAAAAGAAAAAGAAAUUGGAAGAAGUAAAAAAGAAGCGUGCAGAUGAUCUGUGGUCUAGUUUCCUUACUGAUGUUGGGCAAAAGACCAAAGCCCCGCCUCCUGCGCAAAGUAAAAAGGACAACCAGGUCGAACCAGAAAAACCCAAGGCAUCCAAUACACCUCCACAGCAAAGUACAGAGGCUAAGGAAGAUUCCAAAAAAGUCACCAUCACAAAGGUGUUUGAUUUUGCUGGUGAAGAAGUACGGGUGACAAAGGAAGUGGACUCCUCAUCCAAGGAAGCCAAGGAAUUUAUCAAGCAGCAGGGGAAAGAGCAGACAGAAAAGAGCCCAGUGGCGGCAAGACCUGAUGUGGCAGCAGGGUCAGGUGUGAAGAGACCAGUUGGCAUGAGCAGCAUUCUGGGGAAACUGGGAUCCAAAAAGAUGAAGAUGAGCACACUGGAGAAAUCGAAGCUGGACUGGGAUACCUUCAAAGAGCAAGAAGGGAUCAGCGAUGAAUUGGCUAUUCACAACAGAGGCAAAGAUGGGUAUAUUGAUAGGAAGGCUUUCCUGGAGAGAGUGGACUACAGGCAGUUUGAACGAGAACGGGAAAUCAGACUUAAAAACAUGAAACCUUCCUGACCCCUGUUUGCCGAUUGCCGAAGCAUGAGGCCGAUUCAGGGCCACAAUCAUGUCAUUGCUGAGUGGAAUAUGAUGAUCUGUAUAUUUGGACUGUAAUAGGAACAUUUUAGCUUAUUUGGUCUCCGGGAUGUUUUUUUUACUUUGGACAGGAUUUCCCACUCGGCACCAUUGUGUUGAUGAAUGUUUUCAAUGUUACCAAAAUAAUAAAUGUGACUUUGUAUAUAAA